UGUGGGGGCUCUCUCCUCCGUCUGCUCCGCUCCCCAGUCGCCGCCGCGGCUGCGGCAACCGCAUGGGCCGGAGCCGAGCGGUUGCGGAGCAGCUCGCCGUCGCCCAUCCGCGGCGGCCUCCGCGAUCUAGGCGGCCAUGGCUUCCUGGAACUGCGCUCUGGGGCUGAGCUCUCUGACGAUCGGCGAGCGGCUGUGCGCGUUGGCGAUACCGCUCCUCGGCUUGCUCGAGGCCGUGGUCGUGAACAUCUCGCGCUGCUUCGACUCCGACCGUCCUCGGAGGCACUCCUACAGUCUCGACGAUCUCUCCCGCAUCGCUAAGAACACGCCAUUUUCUGUCAAUGAGAUCGAAGCGCUGCUCGAGCUGUAUAAGGAGUUGAGUAGCUCGAUUAUUGACGACGGCCUGAUCCACAAGGAAGAACUGCAGCUGGCGCUGUUUAGAAAAGCAGUGGGCAAGAAUCUUUUUCUGGACAGGGUUUUUGAUCUUUUUGAUGAGAAGAAAAAUGGUGUUAUAGAGUUUGAGGAGUUCGUUCAUACACUUUGUGUCUUCCAUCCAUGUGCCCCUAUGGAAGAAAAAAUUAACUUUGCAUUCAAGUUGUAUGAUUUGAGUCAGACUGGUUAUAUUGAACGGGAUGAGGUUAAGCAAAUGGUGGUUGCCACUUUACUGGAGUCAGGUUUAUCUGUGUCUAAUGAAGCUGUUGAAGCUAUUAUAGACAAGACAUUUGAAGAUGCUGACAUAGACAAGGAUGGCAAAAUAAAUAAAGCAGAGUGGAAGGCUUUUGUUGUUCGGAACCCAACGCUUCUGAAACAUAUGACUCUUUACCAUCUGCGGGACAUUACUACAGCAUUCCCUAGUUUCAUUUUCAACACGGAAGUUGAUGAAUGACGACCGACAAUUAUUGAACCACUCGAUCAAGAAGAACCGGGGUCGCAAGCCUGUCACAGCCACAUUUUAGUCUGAGGCUGCGAGGGACUUCCAACAGGUUAUUGUCGAUCUCAGAGAAGAAGGCCCUAUUACUGAUUCAAUGGCUGCUAUACAAACGCUGACCUGCUCUUGCUAAUGCAUUUCCCUCGUCCACCUUUGGCUCUCCAAUUCAUCCACGGCGCGAGGGGGCACUCGUCCCAUCUCCUUGGCAACAAACUACAUUGAUUCUUGUACACUUCCAUUUAUCAGCCAAUCCAUCAGUCGAUUGUUUUUCCUCUGCCCUCCUCUAUUUUGCGGUACAGACCUGUCGAAUUAGAAGAUAUCUGAGUACUUUCGAGUGGAA